AUGCAUCGCUCGACCUUACGAGCAAGCCGACCACAAAUCGUGCCGCGUGCUGAACGAAAAUGGUUAUCAACAAGCAGACCUGAACCUGCACAGAAGCCUAAACUCGGUGGACAGGCGGCAGCAAGAAAUCGCUUCGACAGACUGAUCGAUCGAAGCCCGAGGUUCCUACGGCCAACGCUGACUUCGUUGAAAAAAGCCCCUUUAUCCAACAUCACAGCCUUUUUCAUUCUCCACGAGAUUACGGCCAUCGUACCUCUUUUCGGACUUGCUUCAGCUUUCCACUACUUUCGUUGGCUUCCUCCGUGGUUUGCCGAAGGAGUCUGGGUGUCGGAAGGGGUCGAAAAAUUUGGCAGAUAUGCUCGCAGGAAAGGAUGGAUCAGUGAAAAAGAUGAGCAGCACGUGGAACAAGAAACGAACCAGGGGCAUGUAAAUCUACUGGAGAAUGGGCAGACAUCGGGCUGGUUCAACAGAGACGAAGAUACUACAAGGUGGAUUGUGGAGUUUGCGACAGCAUAUGCCGUUGUCAAGGCAUUGUUGCCCAUUCGAAUUGUUGUGAGCGUUUGGGCUUCACCGUGGUUCGCAAGAUGGGUGGUUAUUCCGGUCAGCACCAGAGUCCGUGCUGCCGUACGAAGUUCAAGUCCAUAG